CUGCCAGUGCGCAUGCGCGGUAGCAUUUAAUCCUCCCACUGAGUUACGUGUACAACACCUUCUGACAGCGGAACAUUAAGAAAGAAGUUCCGAUCGCAGAGUUCAACUCGUCUGCUGGUGUUUGUUGUGGAGCUCAGGUGAUGUCUGCUCGCCUUGUUUCCGCCGCCCGCUUCACAAAGUCGCUUUAAUGCCCUGGUUCGGGUGGAGAGGGUUUGUUGGUGAAGCUAGUUCCGCCUUGGCUCUGACCCGGUGAUGGACGGCGGCGACAAGUGUCAAAAGUAACCCGGGGGGUCGACGAGAUACAGGGGAACCACGUCUCCUGGGUGGCGGGCACAUCUCCACACAAGCGAGGCGGCCACUGGAGAAGGUGAGAGGAACUGCUGACCGCUAAGUUUUGGACUCCGUGAUGGAAAAUCCUGAUGAUGAGGUAGACCUGCAACACGGCACAACAGGGGGCGAAGAAGCGAACUCUGGUGGGGGAACACCUCCGACCAAACGCAAAGGCAAAUUCUCUAAGAUGGGAAGAAUCUUCAAACCGUGGAAAUGGAGGAAGAAGAAGCCAAGUGAGAAGUUCACUGAAACGUCUAUAGCUUUGGAAAGAAAGAUUUCUGUUAGAAAAAGUCGCCAAGAGCUGAUUGCAAGAGGGCUUCUAAAAGACAUCCCAGAAAAUGUGAGCAACAAUGUGAUUCACUCCAAAGCUCCGCCAGUGAAAAAUGGGCACCCUGUGUCAAAGGACGUGGACAGGGUGUCGGAAGCUGGUGCUCGAGUGUCUCGUGGGGAGUCUGACAUGAAGGGGAAUCACCUCAGGCUGCCCCAGGGAGAUGAACGUCGAAGCAGAGCCCCGUCUGAUGCCUCCCGAAGUAACCGAGCACCUCUGGAUGUGGACACUCAUGCACGGAUGACUGUGGACACAGAUAGACGAAGCCGUCUGCCAUCAGAUGUUGAUAAGAGAGGAGGAUCAUUAUCCAGAGGAGCUCCUCAAGAUGAUAGAUACCGCAGAGAAGAGAGGAGAGAUGGAAAAGAUGAUAGAGAAGAACGGGGAAGGAAGGACAGGGAAGACAUAGAGAGAAAGGACAGAGAUAACAGAGAUAAGCAAGACCGGAGGGAUGACCGUGAGAGGAGAGACGAAAGGAGGGAUCGGGAUGAGAGGGAAAGGAAAGAUCGGGAUGAGAGGGAAAGGAAGGAUCGGGAUGAGAGGGAAAGGAAGGAUCGGGAUGAGAGGGAAAGGAAGGAUCGGGAUGAGAGGGAAAGGAAGGAUCGAGAUGAGAGGGAACGGAAGGAUCGGGAUGAAAGGGAACGGAGGGACCAAGACGAGAGGGAACGGAGAGAUAGGGAUGAGUGGGAACGGAGGGACCGGGAGGAGAGGGAACGGAGAGAUCGGGACGAGAGGGAACGGACUGACCACGAUGAGAGAGAAAGGAGGGAUCACAGAGACAAGAGAGAAGAUAGGGAUCGGCGGCCUGAGAAGGAAAAGCGAGAGAACCGAGGCGAAAGGAAAGAUGAUAGAGAAGACAAGGGUAGGAAAGAUGUGCGGGGAGAAAGAGAUGAUAGAGAUAGAAAAGAUGACAGAGACCGACGGGAAGACAAAGAUAGAAGAGAGGACAGGGACAGAUGGGAUGACUGGGCUAAAAGAAAUGAAAAAGAGCGACGAGAUGAGCGGGAAAAGAGGGAGGAGAGGAGAGACAAGCUGGAUGACUUGCGACCUUUAGUUAGGCCGGUCUCUGAGAUGAACCUGCGGCCUGUUCUACAGAAGAGCUCGUCAGAGGACAAGAAGAAACCUCGUCCUGCCUCAGAGUCUGAACGGAGCAGCACACUGCCCAGAUACAGCCCAGCCACAGAAUUCAGAGAGCGCUCAGAGUCUGCCGUUGUCCGCUCCACCCCUGACCCUCAUUCAGCACAAGACUCACAGCAGGACCCUGCCCCACCCCGGCACGCUCUGCUUCCCCCAAAAUCCCUCACCACUUCUCUGACUGAGACUGGCAGGAGUUCUACCCCUUCCUCCUCUUCAUCCUCCUCCUCUUCUUCAACCUCCUCUUCUGCUCCUGUAGCUGUAGCUGUAGCUGUGGCUAAACCGCCAAGGACUGUCUCCCUAAUAGUCGAUGACCCAUCUCGACCCUCCCUCGCUGCUCCCUCCUCAGCUGAUUCUGACACACCACCCCCUGUCCCUCCCCAUGCCAAGCAGCCUCCCGUCCCGCCACCCAAACCCACCAACCGAAACAGCAACGCUGCACUGCUCGCCGAGCUUUCUCAGCCUGGCAGCGGCAUCAUCAUUGUUCCAGCACAUGCAAAGCGCUCUCCACCAACUCCACCAAAGAGGAUGACCCCUGUCACCAAGCGCCACUCUGUGGAUCCUUCCCCUCCUGCUCAGGUCACUGAGUCUGCAACCGAUCCAGCUGCUGCCCCUGGACAGGCGCACCCUGCUGUCCCCAAAGGGUAUAACAGUGAGGAGAAAACGAGUGCAGCAGCUCCUCAGACUGCCACUGACCCGCUGCCUUCACCGCCGUCCCACAUACCUCCAUCACCUCCCAGGUCUCACUCGCACCAGACGCCCGGCACCACCUCCUCUGGCCCUGUGCCCACCAUACAAGGAGAUCCACCCAGCCCGACCACAGAGCCGCCCAGCCAUCUUCCAGCCAUUCCCCUGCACAUCCUCAUCAAGAGAGCCCUGGCCAGCCCUGGCCCAGCUCAGCCCAACCCGGACGGUUCUCAGAGAGCCCACUCACUACUGUUCGAUUCUCCUCCAGAGUUCCUUACCGAGAUGGGGGAAAACUCGAGGUAUUCACUACCCAUCACCAUCGAACCUCUCAGGCUACCUGAAGACGAUGACUUUGAUAUGGAGGAGGAGCUGCGGAAGGUUCAGCCCCAGAGGCCUCCCCGCCAGCCUGACCUCGAGCCCCGCAGCCGGAGGGGUUUGAUUGGGGACCCCAGAGUCAGUGUCAUCCCUGAGGACGGCGGCCACGGGGACAGCGAGGAGUCUGACUCUGAUGGCCCCAUCCUGUACCGAGAUGACGACGAUGAUGAUGAUGAUGACGACGAUGAGGAGGGCCCUCCAAGUGGGCUGCUGAGUCGUGUGAAGAGGAAGGACACGUUAGCCCUGAAGCUGGAGAGACAAGAGCGAGAGGAGAGGGAUUCUCAGGAGAACCAUGACAGCAGGAGUUGGCAAAACAUGGAGCAGUGGAUGGCAGUGAGGAACAAGAUCAGCAGUACGCUGACAAGGCGCCUGAGUCAGAGACCGAGUGCAGAGGAGCUGGAGCAGAGGAACAUUCUUCAAGCUAAGAACGAAGCAGAUCGUCGAUUAGAGAGAUGCGAGAUCAAAAGGCGGCUCACCAGAAAGCUGUCCCAGAGACCCACAGUGGCCGAACUCCAGGCGAGGAAGAUCCUGCGUUUCCACGAGUAUGUUGAGUGCACCCACGCCCAUGACUACGACCGGAGAGCAGAUAAACCGUGGACCAAACUUACACCUGCUGACAAGGCUGCCAUCCGCAAGGAGCUCAAUGAAUUCAAGAGUUCGGAGAUGGAGGUUCACGAAGAAAGCAAGAUCUAUACGCGGUUCCAUCGGCCUUAGCUGAUCAUAGUCAAACACUCCGACUGGGAGUAGAGAGGCGGAACAGGCCCCUGUCCACACAAUGAACAGAACUUGUGGCCCACUUGGUUCAUUUUUUUAACUGAUUGCCUGCUAACCUGCUUCAGCUGAUAAACUGGAACCACAGGGAAAGACGCCACGAUCAGUUUGACCAUGGCUGGUUCUCAAAUUCUUUGACUGUGGAAUUCAGGACAGGAGGAGUUUGGCGUCUGGUGCCAACACUAAAGAGUGAGGAAUCCCUCCCCCCUCCAGCUGCUGGGGGCUCCGAGAGGGUUCGAUUGAAGCGAAGAGGGUAACUAAUGGAGGGAUAUCACACAGCCUCCCUCAGGGGAAACCACUCUCACCAUGCCUUUACCUGCCUUCAUGACACUAUCUCCUUGCAGAAGAGGAGGACUACGCACAUACAGAGAUGACUGUAGUUACCACUGAAUGAAUCUGCUGUCUGUUCAAACACUGUUUAUGUAUAUAUCUAUACAUGUUUGUUCUACAAAUGUCCACCCACAGGUGCCACGUGGCAUCGGCCUUACUCCUCACAUGAUCUAAUGCACUCAUGUAAUGUAAAAUUUAGACAAAAUGUCCGACAGUGUGUUUAUUUAAAACUCGGUCGUAUCUGCUUUUGUGUAGACCCUCAGAGCAUCGAUUCCAACCUACUGACCUAAAGUGUACAUUUUACCGUAUUCUAUUGAUCAUUUAAAAGAUUGUAAUAGAGCACAUAUCAUCAAAUUUAUCUAAGGCACCUUGAGUUCCCUAAUCGAGCAUUCAAAAGUUAUUCAAGCAGGAAAAUGUACAUAUUUAGAUUUUCCUAGUUUUAUGGUACUUUAUAUAUUUAAGUCUAUAGAUGGCUGCAAUUGUAUAGCUGAAACAUGUAGAUUUGAUUAACUUUAUAUUGUAUACCUACAGUAAUGCUGACAUGUUUUAAUUGUAAAGUAUUUUUCAAAUGUAAUUUCAAAGUAGUAAUGGUACAAAACUUAUUUUUUCCUUUUUUUGAUACAGAGAUCUUUAAACUUUUUGCAACCACACUGUAUAAAUGAAAAAUCCUCUAGAAAUUAAAAGAACCAGUGAUUUUCAUUUCAAUGU